AUGCAGACUCCUCGCUUCCAGGCUAUCACAGCGCGCUUCUCGCCGCACAACAUCCGGACUUCGUUCCGCCGAUCCAUGUCGUCUUCGUCGACGUCCUCGCGGGCCAGCAGCACCGACCGGGCCUCUUUCGCGUCGCAGGACAGCUCGCCGGUCAGCACCAUCAACAGCAUCGUCUUCCGCCAGAAGACAGGCCUCGAAUCUCAUGACGAGGCCGAGCGCCCACCGCACAUCCUCGAGCCGAGGCCUGCUGCCACAUUCUGCAGCCUCGAGGAGCGCAUGAUGAGUGAUGGUCACGGCUACGGUGGGAUAGGAUACCUAGCUAGCUGA